GUUUGUAGUUUUAUCGCAUAAUGAAAUGUUUUUGUGACCUCUUAACAAUUAAUCAUUACACUAUAUUUGUCAUAAGUAGUUAUCUAACUUCGCAAAAACAUAGAUCAUAAACAGUUAGACAAUUCAUAAUGUCGUAUUUACAGUUUUUGUCCGGUGGAUUGUUGCUUCUUUCAUACCUUGUUUUCAGUAGUGUAUUUGGUUGCUCGCCGUCUCUAGAGCAUCCACAAGUAAAAUUUUGUCACAGUUAUUUUGUGAUACAUGGGACGGUAAAAAGUGUCACGAAGAUAAAAGGACCACCUGGAGAUGUUAGUGAUAACUUCGCUGUGUAUAAAUAUAGUUUACAAGUCAUCCACAAAUUAAAGGGACCUGCCAACAUCAAGGAAGGCAAAGAGGUUAUAGUUGAAACCUCUGGGAAUGGUGGCCUCUGUUUCAUUAGCCUUACAAUUGGAGAAGAAUAUGUCUUAUCAGGAUUUAAAACUGACACUGAUGGAUUACGAAGCCUUUCUUCAAAUAUUGUCUAUAAUGUCAAAGAUCUUACGGCAAUGCCUUUGGUUCGGGACUACCUGUUAGGGACUGGAAUUAACACAUAUAAAAGAAACUGUGAUCGUAAAUGCACGGAUUUCGGCACACAAUCGGCUUACUGCAAGAUUCCAGAUACAACUUUUCAUUGCUACUCGACAAAUGCAAUCUGCAGGGAGAGAUAUGGUAAAUGCAAGUGGUUCAAUGCGGAAAGCUGCAAACUCAGUGCACCAGCAGCUCCUUAACAUUACUCGAUAACAGUAUUCCAAUGUUUGUUGAUAAAUGAGUGAAAAAAGUCGUUGGACACAAAUCAGUUGAUUUUUUUUAUAAACAAUUACUGGUAUACUUAUUAAAACCUGAUUUUACUGUA